AUGACCGACAAAGCUCCAGCCAUUACAUCAUGGCGUCACGGCACUUUAGCGUUACCUGCAGUUGAUGAGUGUGAUGUACACUGUGACGGCAGACUGAAACCGUCCGAAUCAGAUUUGAGUGAGACUGUUACCCCUGUCACAGACUUGGGUCGCAGCGCAACCCCAAACCCUUUCGAGGGUUCUUUCAACAGGGUUUGGGGAAACAAAGACUUGUCUAGCCGUGUUUGGACCGUCAAAAGCGCUCAAUCCCUUUCCAUUGAUAUCUUCCGGAGCAGGCUCUUCAAAAGGUUCUCAAGGAAUGCACUAGAUAAUAGUGAAUACCUCCCCCGCGAUACGUUUGAACAGCUCUUCGAUAUGGACUCACUCAUCGGUCUCGUCAAGGCUAGUUUCCCCAAGGCUAAGCCUGAGUUCCAAGUUCGUAAGGUCGAUGAGAUCAUGGGAGUUGAGGGAAAAGAUCGACGUCGAAAGCUUUAUGGAAUAUUAGUGGCCAUGAACAGGAUUUCUCUGAUGCAGGACUUUGUACGAGAAUCUCUUUGCGAUGAGGAUUUACCUUUCAAAGAAUCAGCAUCGGAUGCUACACAUUUCACGACGCAAUUUGAGAGGAAUUCAGCGGCGUCUCGACAAACAGAGGCGAGACAAAACACUACUCUGUUUCAGGACUGGGAGCGAAAUGACUUCUGCUUGUUCUACCAAUAUCAGCAGAUUUUUAUGGUUCCAUAUUUCGAUUUUCAAGAUAUCAAUGUCUGUUAUUAUUCAUUCGACCGCAAAGUUACACUUCCUUGGCGAAAAUAUGAACGCAAAACGGAGGGGGGCGAAGGGACAGUGCACAGAGUUCAAAUACAUCCAAGUCACCACAACUUCAAAAGCUCUACAGGAGCAGAUGAAAGCCUGUAUUUUGCCCUAAAAGAGCUCCCGUCCCAGAACGUCGAUCGUUUCCGACAAGAGCUUGAAGCUUUGCAAAAGAACAGCCAGAUCCAGUCCGAGAAACAUCUCAUUAAAUUGCAUCUUACUUUCCAACACAGUGACCGAUUUUAUCUUCUCUUUGAAUGGGCAACCAGUAACCUUGCGGAGUUCUGGGAAGACCAUCCGGACAUACAAGUGACAGCACACAUCACUUACUGGAUCGCCCUACAAUGUCAGGGUCUGGCUCGAGCAGUAAAACGUAUCCAUGGACUGUUAACUUGGCAACUAGAGGCUCAAUCAUCGUUACAGAGGAAUGGGAUGGACAACGAAAAGACUCGAGGCCGACAUGGCGAUAUCAAGCCGAACAACAUACUGUGGUUCGAACAACGCGAAGACGACCACAAUCUUCUUGUCCUCUCUGACUUGGGGCUAACUCGAUAUCAUUCGCAGUUGACAAACUCUCUUGUGUCACGCAUAGACGGCUGCACAACCACUUAUCGCGCUCCUGAGGUUGACAUGUAUCGCAGCAUCUCCCAAAGCGACAGGGGAAGGGAGCCGUACGCCGAGGUUAAACAAGGUGUUCACAAGAUGAUUGAAGGUUUAAUCAACGAGGAAACCUGUCCGGAAUUCAUUAGCGAGCUACUCAAGUUUAUUCGCGACAGAAUGCUGGUCGUCGAGGCCAAGGAUCGCGCUCAGAUCGACGAAGUCUGUAUUGAAAUUGCGCGCAUAAUGCCACGGGGUUCAAGAGACUACCAAGACUUCCGCAGCCUCUUUACAAUACCAACGGUCCUUGAAGAUGACAACGCACAUGUGGACGUUCAAGACAAUGACCUCGCAUUCCGUAAUAUCGGAAUGGAAGAAAGCUUAGUAAUGCCAGUUGAAAAGCGAAGUCUUGACGAGGAGGUAGCGGGGCCAGCUUUCGAGACACAGCCAAGAGAACUUUACAUUCCUACGUUGAAUCUAGAUCUACAAGAGAGGAAUAACUUCAGGCAGAACGGCUACCGUAGAUGA